CAUUUUCGAACAGCGCAUGGGAUAAUAAAUCAAAAGGGGUUGAACGGGGCGCCUUUGGGACUCGGCGGCCAUCAAAUGCCCGCACGGUAAUGAGCGCGAAAUUUGGGGACAAAAUGAAUUGCACUGGAAGGGUGUCCACAAUGUGCCUGCGGGUGGGGCCAUGCCAAAUCUGCAGGGAACCGUUUAGCGUGUUCCGCUGGAAAAUUAACGAUGCUGGGUUCUCAAUGCUCGAGGUUCAUUCAUCUUGGCCACCUCACUCGAACAAGCCCUUUUUUUGUCCUUCGCGUCGCUCGUAGACGACUCUCGUCAGCCUCAAGACCCAACGUUCGGAUUCUUGAAGAUUCGACUGGCAGCUGACGUUGUUUCCUCUGUUUCUUUCAACGAGGAGGUACUGCCAGCUGUAGACCUCAUGUCUUCGAUGGUCCCGAGGUUUUUUGUUAUACAUUUUUAAUGUCGCUCCUUUAAUGCCUUGUUUCUUGCCUGCCUGCACCCAUCUCGCGAUCAAGGGUAUUCCCUUUUUGCCGACUCGAGUGUCACGGACUGCCAAUCUAGUCACCAACCAGAACACCCAGAAACAUUUGAUCUACCUAGACCUUUUGUAGGUCGUCGGUCAGGAUCGUUGGUGUUACAGGUCAGUAACGACGCGUGAAUUGAGAUCCAGCUGCAGGCGAUUCUAGCUUCGCCUGCACUGAAUCUCGGUACGCUCCCAGUCAAAACUGUCUUCGCCAAAGAUACAGUCUCCUCCUGGAGCUACAGCCCAGGAAAACACGAGAGACCACAGGGCCCUCCACCCGUCCUCGCCGAGAUCACCCGCCGUAUCGACCACCUCAACCGCUGACGGCGACGCUUCCCCCAUCCUACCGCCUCUUCAAGCACCACGGUUGCCAGACCGUGUGCAGCAGCUACUGAGGACACCCCCACGUAGCAGGGACGAAGACAGAACUUACGUUACCGCAAGCUGGGGCUCGCCGUAUCCAAAAUCCGAAAGUUUAGACCGUCUGAGUAGUCUGAGUAGCGCAUCCUCGGCAGAUUCCUCACCCGGACAUCACUUGGAGAUCCAGACACCAUUCCUGAGACUGCCACCAUCCUUGAUAGAGGAGUCUCCCACGGAACAGAAUCAGCCGUCUUUCGUGAGCGCCGCCAUCCUUGCCAACAGAGCUCGUCGGCCGGCCAGAGGUCUCACAGAAGACUGGAUACGCCAACACACUUCAGCAGGUGACGGAAGUGCCGAAGCACGACACUGGCUCAGUGACGGUGCCGGAGAUAGCGAGAACUCUUCAUUGAGCGGAUCUAUCUCUGGCGAGGAAGCCGCGUGGUUCGACGAAAGCGAUUUGAAAACGCCUAGGGCCACAACCAGUGCGCCCCGUUUUCCGAGAUCACACCAGAAGUACCCGAGAACACGGUCUAGUAACGAGACCUUGAAGCAAGCAGACGUGCAGCAUCUGUCCGGGACCACAUCAGCAACUAUGGCUUCCGAAAGCGAACCCAUCAGCCCUGAGGGGUUGAUGGCUACAAAUGUCACAGAAAAAGCGCUACCCGAGCCCCCAUCAACCCCAAAAUUGUCCGAGGCAACCAUGACGAACGGAUUUGCCAACAGUCCACUUGCUGAAAAGAGACUGCCGCAAACCCCUAAGAAAUCACCGAUGAAGCAGCCGCCCCCAGCGACACCUAGACUUAGGAAGAAGGUGCCUUGGAAGGGAAAGAACAUUAUGAUUUUGCUGCCCCGUGAUGGUGACAGAGGCAAGCCUGGUCACGCACCACUGCCACUGAACGAGCAAGACGUGGCAGGUAUCAUGAAAUCUUGGGAGGAACUUGGCUACAGCACAAAAGGAUUUCACCUGGACGACACCAUGGGAUUCAUCGAGGCUGGCAAUCAGUCACAAAGCCGAAGGGAGUGGCCUACAUGGGAAGAUCUUGCCAGCGACAGGCAACAGCGCAACUAUAAAGUAACGUUGCCUGACUUGAAUGCAUGGAAAUCUUAUGUGGAAGAAUUGCAAGAGGCAAAACUACGAGCCCUUGGAGUCUCUUUUGGCGAUGAUGACCCUCCGUCAUCGGUUUCGCCGGCACCCAUCAGUCGCCAACCGUCUGUUACGCAUUAUCCACCUCUCCCCUUCUCGCCACCUUUGCCAACAUCUUCGGCGGCAAGCAAUGGAGGGUUUCCCUUUCCGGCAUCUUUCUUGGGUUCGGGUGCGCCGAGUCCUGGCAUUCCAUCCGUGCCAUCCCCGGUGUCUUUCAAUGGCAGGUUCCCUCGCCAAUCCAUCUCGAUACCGGCGGGAGCUUUCCAUAUGAACGGAUCUCUUCCCAGCCCGCAUGGCUACUCUCCUCAGUCGAUGUUCCAUCACGGGCAUGCCAGAGGUGGAUCGCCAUCUUUGGCCAAUCUUAGCUCAAUGAUGUCGCCUACCUCGCCGUUUCAACCGGAUCAUUAUGUCCCGCCUAUGCAUACACGUCAUCAGUCGAUGCAGUUCCCAAUGCUUGGUCAUCAAGUUUUCCAAGGUGCUCGCGCUUCGCCUCGCCUCCAGGAACUACGUGAAGACGACGAAGAACCCGAAGAGCGGAUACCAAUCAAGCCACUCGAUGCGGACCUUCGUUCGAUGAACAAGACCGGUGAAACUUUACAGGGAGAGAUCGAUGGGGCAAUGCAAGGUGCUGAGUAUCAUCUUGAAGAGCAGAUGCGCUCCCAGCUCGAACAUGACAAGGACUAUAGUCCCCACAAGGACGCGGACGAGAUGGCACCUUCAAUGGAGGCCGCUCUCGCUCAGCAUGCCCACGCCAGGGGGCCUUCUGUGCAGUUUGCCCCACAAGUUGAGCGUUUCCGAGAAGACGGGACAGAGGGCGGAGUUCUUCACCACCCACAGCCUCACAGCAGAGGACACUCGCUUUCCCAGAAAUACUUCCAAGAGCCCGAGGGCGACAGCACGGAUGAUGGUGGAUCCAAAUCUCAGGAACUCGCAUCCACAAGCGGCAACAUUCCUCAGCCCCUUCAAAGCAUGGACUUUGAGUUUCCAGAGGCUCCGAAGAAACACCAAUCCAACUUCUCCAUGGCUAGCAACCCCUGGAGUGAGGCGGGAUCUGUCAAGUCUCACGCCUCCCGCCGGCUUGGCCACAAGAGCCAGGCUUCACUGUCCGGCCUCAACGUGGAGGCCCCAGAAUUCAAGUUCAACCCGGGCAGUAGCUUCCAGCCUUCUCAGUUCAGCUUCACGAGCGAUUCUUUCCAGCCUACCACUGUGUUCCAGGCUGGAACCCCAACGAGUGCACCAAAAGUGCCGCUCUCUGCCGACUCGAGCACAUUCAGCUUCGGCUCUAAGAUUAAUGCCACCGCCCCAGUGUUCUCGCCUGGCCAGAGUGACUUCAGCUUCUCGGCAUCUGGUCCCAAGUUCCGUCCCGAUGCGCCAACCUUCACGCCGCUGCACUCAUUCACAAACUCGCUCACAAGUCCACCUAUGUCUGGCAACGAGGGCCCAGGAGGCAACCUUGGUGGCUCCAUCUUUGGAACCAUUGACCUUAGCGCAUCCGACGUUGGCAAAGCACCCAAGAAGACGAAGGCCAUCCCAAUUGUACGACCCCAGAGUCGCGAGAAGGCUGACGAGGAAGAAUCUAAAUACGACGAAGAGGGGCGGGUUAUUGAUGAUACUCGCACCAAACGCGCCAAAGCUCGCUCCGACGACGGUGAUGACGUUCCUCUCUUCGCCGAGCCUACGGCGCCGACCCCCAUGACAGAGGCUCAACCAGAGGAUCUUCCUCAAUCUGAUAACAUCCAUGUCGACGUCAAAUCUGGAGACGAGAAUGGUGCGGAUACAACUGUUUCUUCUGCCUUCUCUGACAACCUGAACGCAAAGGCAGCCAAUAGCCCGCCGCCACUCGUGCCACCGCAGACCAGCUCCCUGAACUGGACUCCCUUCGAGUUCAAGUCACAAGUCGAUGUCCAGGCAUUCAAUUCCGCCAGGCCAUUUGGCGAGGACGCAGGCUUCAAGAGGCAGCACAAGAAAACUCUAUCUGCCACCGCCCAGCCUUUCAUCCCGUCUGGCUUCAUGUUCACCGGACCCAAGGCCGACUCACCCAAGGCCGAGGUUGAUGAAGCUACCGCAGACGAGGCUACUGCAGACGAAACCGAACAAGAGACUGCGGAUGAGCGACAGACUGCUGGUGAGCCAGAGGCUCAUGUUACAGACCGUGAAGAUGUGGAGGAAGAGACUCGGGAGGAAACAGCGGAGGCGGAGUCACUUGUUACUUCAGAAUUGCCAGCCCCUACGGCGGAUAUCGAUACCACCCCGCCCAAGGCUGGUGCCAUGGCUCCGCCUGCCAAGAAAGGAUUGUCAGCAUCACGAUACGCUGCUUCGCCUUCUCCCCCGCCUCAGCGUAAGGUCUCCGGCUUGUCUGCUUCACGCUACGCCGCGUCGCCUCCCCCGGCCUCUGAAGAGGAUACUGUCAACAAUUAUCUUCGUGGCCCGACUGAGCGUGGCCAGCCUCUGAUCAUUACGCCACCGGCAGUUGCAGAUUUACGUAACCAAGUCGAGCCCCCUGAGCAGACACCAGCGAGUGAACGCGCCGGUGCUAGCUUUGAGGAGAUUGACGACAUCAUGCGUUACAUCAACAACGACCCAUCUCACGGAGUCAACAGGACCAUUGAUGCCGGCCAAUGGCAUCAGCCCAGUCCCAAGCGACACAUUUCUCUUGCUGCUGUCACCAACAACUCACCACUUCAUCUUGCUCCCAAUGAGGUGUUCCGCAGCGACGCUCCCAGUCCGAGCCCAGCACGUCACCGCCUCGAGUCUGUCGACGCUCAACAGCCUAUUCUCUCUACUGAGCUGGAGGAUCCGUUUGUCGAUCAACCAACUGGAUCGCAGUUCUCUGGCUCAAACAUUCACCAUCUUCAGGGCAGCGAGACCGCCCCAGACAGUGAUUGGGAGAGGGCUUUCAGCGACGAACAGCACGAAAAGCUUGAAUCCAGGGUCAAUUUCUUCGACGGCCAUGUGAAUGAAGUUGUUGGAAGGCUACUAGCCAGCCGCCUCCGGCCUCUGGAGAAGGCACUGGACAGCAUCCAGCAUGCCGUUUCAGGCAAACGGCCUACGUCUAGUAGGAUGGACCGCCGUAGCAUGUCUGUCGAUAUCCAGCACAGCGAUGCUGACGAUGAAGAUGAAGAGGUGCCUGCCGUUAGACGCUCCUUGAGUCCACGCCGCGACCGUCGCCUCGACCAAAUACGCACCGCUGUCAUGGAGGCUCUCGCUAUUCAGCAGCGGAACACUCUUCCAGCUCCUCCCAGGACCGAGUCUGACGGGGAUAUCUCUGCAGUCAAGAAGGCAAUUGAGGAGAUGAGGGAGCAGUUUGGCAAGUCACUUCACCUCGACUUCCGUGGCGAAGAUCUCAGAAACAUUGUCGAGGAUGCGGUUGAGCGUCGCAUGGUGCCUACGCCACAGCCUGUUGCUGUCAAGGGCCAGGAGGAUCUUAGCGAGAAGUUCAACGAGCUCCAAGCCAAGGCUGCAGACUUGGAACAGCGCCUUCGUCUUGAGGAGGCCAAGGUCGAGACUGAGCUCGUCCUGCGUAGAACUGCCGAGGACCGUGCGGCCGAGUUCCAGCGUAACCUGGAGAUGGCUGAGACCAAGAUCGAAGUUGAGAUUAUGAACAGGAGUGUGUAUGACCAACGCGUACACGAUCUCGAGGAAAGGUUGAAGCAUCAGGAAGUUAAGGCGGAGCAAGAGGCUUCGGCCAGGAGAACCGCUGAGGAUAGACUUGCCGAGAACCAACGUCUUCUGCGCAUAUCUUCAGAAGAAGAGACAAGACUCCGCGAGGCUCUGGAAGAAAAGGAGCAGAAGAUUAAAUCCAUCGAGGAAUCCAAAGGCAAGACGACGAUGCGCCUUGCUCUGCUUGAAGCGUCUCAGACGAACAACCAGCAGUCCCAAGCGGACAUCCAGAACAAAAUGAACGCUACUGAGACUGAGCUUCGCGAAGCCCGACAGGACGCACGAACCUGGAAGGCUGAGGCUGAGCGUGUUAACAACAUUGCCAGGCAACAGGGUAGCGAUCUCGCCCAAGUCAACGAACAAAACAAGCAUCUCAAGAAGAUCAUCGACACGCUUGGAACUCAACUUGAGGAGAACGAGCGCAUCCGUGAAACCUGGAGGGGCAAGUUCGUUUCGCUGCAGAACGACAUGACCGAUGCUGCAGCCAAGAUUACCGAGGAGAGUGCUCACCGUAUUAAGAAAGAGCAGGAGUUGCUCGCUCGCCAGGAAGUCUUGGAUGCGAAGCUUCAAGCCGAAGCCAGAACCCGCGAGCGUCUGGAGAGUGAACUCGAGAGGUUGGAGGCUGGUGAACGACAGGGUAUCAGGGCCGUUAACGAGUGUAAGAGACUCGAUACCCUGCUUGCGGAGCUCAAGACAGAGAAUCAUCAACUCCAGCAGUCAUCUAUGCGGUACCAGAUCGAGUUCCAAGAGGCACGGGACUCUGCCGCACGUGAGGUCCAGCGUACCCGCGACGCCAUGCAGUCCCAGAUUGACCAGGCCAAUCAUGAGGUCAACGUGGUGCGUGAGGAGCUAGAGGACCAGGUCCAGCGUGUUCGCGCACAGUUGGAUCAGGUUAAGCUUGACGCAGACACUUCCAAGGCCAAAUACGAGAUGCUACUUGAAGAUGCGCAAGCUACGCACAAGACCGAGAUGGAGACGCUCGCUCGCAAGCACCAGGUCGAGAUCGAGGAUCUACAAGAGCGACAUGAGCGCAUCGUCAACAAUACGACGGAAGACGCGCAGCGCCUCGAACAAAACCUACUCGAGCGCCUCAGCAUCUCAACCUCCAAAUCUACGAACCUCCAAGAGCGGAUCCAGCAUCUCGAGGAGAGGCUUGAGAUUGCCAAGGAAGCUGCAGCUGCAGCGGCCCGGGCCGCCAAGCUAUCGCCAGUCGCCCUGGAGCACAGCCUUCAAUCACCACCUCUGGCCGUGCCCGCGGCGGCUCGGUCCAUGGAUCUUCCCGAGAAGAUCUCGCCCCAGGCACUACGCGAGUCAAUCAUGGUGCUGCAGGAGCAACUGCAGGCUCGGGAGCAGACAAUCGAGGAGCUGGAGCACCAGAUUUCAAAGCUCGACCCGGAAGCAGAGACCAAGAUCACCAAGCGGGACGAUGAGAUCGUCUGGCUCCGCGAGCUGCUUGCUGUGCGUCAUUCGGAUCUCCAAGAUGUUAUCGCCGCGCUCGACAGCGACGAUUACGACCGAAAUGCGGUCAAGGAUGCCGCCAUCCGACUCAAGGCAAACCUACAGAUGGAGGAGCAGGAGCGCGAGAGGGCGAUGAAUGGUGGGUCUGCAAUCAACCUGCCCAACAUUGCUGCCUCCCUCCGCGAUGCCGCUACACCCAGAGUUGCUCAGGCCGUUGGUCCCCUCGCUGCUGCCUGGGGUAACUGGCGCAAGUCCCGCGAGCCGAGCAAUUCUUCCUCGCCCGCGGUCCGUUCUGGCCACAGGUCAACGCCCUCGAGGAACAACCCAACAUCGCAGAGCAAUCUUUUCUCUGGACUAAUGACGCCACCGGCUUCGGGCCUGCGUCAAACACCGCAAAGCCAGCAGCAGCAACAACAACAGCCCACAGCUUUUUCUAGCACGGGCCGUCGCAUGACUGCUCAGCAGCUGGCCAGCCGGUCUAGAACCAUGUCAUCGUCGUCAUCGGCGUCGCGCAGCGCCGACAACAAGAUGCUGGCCGCCCAGGGAACUCCUAGUAGGGGAGCCCCUAGGACGCCGCCGAUGAUGAGGCCCAGUUCGUACGAUGCCGAUGCUCAUGCUGAGGAAUUCGACGACGCUGGGUUCUAUGAUGAUGAAUAACUGGGGCAAUACGCCCGCCUACAUAUUUAUCAAUUUUUCCUUUGUCAUGAUAUUUAACAACCAAAAUGGGGAGUCUCGAGCGAUACUUUUUUGUGUUCUCACUGUAUGAGGCAUGAUUGAGCGUCAAAGAGCAAGUUGUGCGAGAGUGCAGUAGGGCAAGGAGGCGAGAGUCAUUUUAGAUUGAUACCCGGUUCUUUCUCCAUCCCUCACAUAAUGUUUUACCAGAUCCAGAAAGAAUGACUUAUAUACCCUGUGGUAAAGGAGAUCUGGGCACUAAUCUUUUUCUCACAUUUUUCUUUUUCUUAUUUUGGUCAAUAUCCGGCGCAGAGUUAUUCUUGUUUUGCUGGAAAGUCGUUCUUUAUUUUGUCUGUUUUUUCUUGUCAUUCAUUUUAUAGGUUCUAGAUGUGUUGCUCUGCAUACGUCAUUCUUGUGCAUUUAGCUUUUUGAUACCCUCUCGGGACUUACAUGAGGAUACGAUCCUUUGAUAUCAAUUCUUGCCAUUUAUUCUUUUGCACCCGACGUUUGUGUAUUUAAUGCUCUCGGUUCGCAUGGCUAUGCUGAUCGCGAGCGGUGGCAUUGACAGUUUAUCAUUACAGUCGUGGUGUCCGCUAUAGAAUGUUACAAGGUCUAAUUAUAUACAACAAAAAUAGUAAAGUUACAUGC